AUGUUAACUUGUCCGACUAAUUGUCUUCAUUGCGUCAAAGGAAAAUGUGUUUUAUGUGAUAAAGAGUAUAUUGUCGACGUUUAUGGAAACUGUGAAAAUGUAUUAUUUUAUGAUAAUAAUUCAUUACUAAUAAUAUCAGGUAAAACAAUCAAAUGCGCAAUUGGAUAUUUUAUUAAAUCGAAUAAGUGUGAAAAUUGUGGUGAAAAUUGUAUUAAUUGUAAUAACGAAAGUUCUUGUAUAAUAUGUGAUAACAAAAGUUUAUUGAACAAUGGAGUUUGCACUCCACUAAAUGGAGUUAUUCUUUCAAACAACGACAAUUUAAUUAUAUGUGAAAAUGGUUAUUACAAUAGAGAAAAUACUUGUCAAAAUUGUUCAAAUAAAUAUGGUGAAAUGUGUUCCCUUUGUGAUACACACGAUUGUCUUAAAUGUACAUUAAAUGGAGUUAUUAAUAAUAAAGGAAAAUGCAUUAAAAUGACCCAAAGUGGUUGUAUUCAAAGCUCAAAUACUUUUUGUAGUGGGUGUCAACAAGUCAAUAAAUAUAUUAAUGAAAGUGGAGUGUGCACUUCAAAUAUCAAUUGUUCAAUUUCAACUAAAUUUGAUAAUUGUUUAUUAUGUGAAAACAAUACUGUUUAUAAUAACACAUCUACAUGUUUCCCAUUGACAAAUCAAGAAGAUAAUUGUGAUCGAAUGAAUGUUGAAAAAGACCGAUGUAUCAGCUGUAUAACGGGCUAUUUCUUAUCAAAUUAUCAAUGUGAAAUUUGUUCUGAAAAUUGUAUGGAUUGUUACAACAAGAUUUUGUGUCUUACUUGCAACAAAAAUUACUUUUUGUCGGAUGGAAAGUGUUUUUCUAAUUCAGAAGUCAUCACCAAUUGCAAGAAACUUGUCCCUUCACAAUCUCUGUGCGCUUUAUGUGAUAUUGGAUUUUACAGAGACGAAUAUGGCCAGUGCAAAAAUUGUAUAGAAAAUUGUAAUGAGUGCAACACUGAAAAAACAUGUUUAAGUUGUUUUACAAAUUACUUUUUACUCACAAACAACACACAGUGUAUCUCAUAUGAUUUACUUGUAAAUUGCGAAUUUAAAAGUCAAAGUGGAUGUUUAAAAUGUUCAACUGGUUUUUACCAACAAAAUCAGUUUUGUGUCUCCUGUAACUCAACAACUUUUAAUUGUUCCACUUGUGGAACAACUGGAAUAUGCACUUCCUGUGUAGAAGAUUAUAUCUUGAUAGAUUCCAAAUGUUACUCGAAAAGUUCAAUUGAAAAUUGUGUUGAAGUGACAAACUCUAAAUGCACGAAAUGCACUUUUUGGCACACACCAAAUUACUCGAACACGUCUUGCCAAACAAAAGUGGUGUGGUGGGUGAUAUUGAUUGUUGUGAUAUUUGUUCUCAUUAUUAUCACUCUUGUCUUGUUCAUUGUACUCUUUAUUUUAAUUCAAAUUAAUCGCCACUAUCAAAUUAAAAAGGUGCAACAAAAGACGUGCAUUUUCGAUGUCAGAAAGUCGAACAUUCAUUUCACCAAAACUUCGAUUUCUGAUGUUUUUGUGAACAAAAAUGAAAUUGAAUUUGAAGGAAAAAACUACGAGGAAACGAUUCCAGUCGACAAAGAGUCGCGCGAGUUAUUAUGUGUUGGAAAUUUCGGAAAGAACACAAUAAAAGUGCAAUUUUCUACUAAAAACAACACAGAGAAAUAUACUAUUCGAACUGAACCUCUUGUAAUUACUUUAAAAAAGAACAAAGCAGUCGAAUUUGAAAUGUUUAUAAAACCAAAAUGUUCGUGCAAAAUUAAAGAUAAAAUCACAUUGUUUUCUGUGAAUUUUAAAAGUGGAAUCACUGCAGAAACUCAAAUUAAUUUGGUUGCUAUAACUCAGAUAUCAACAAAAUUGGAUUAUGAAGAAUUAAAUGAAGACAAAAAGCUUGGUGAAGGUGGUUUUGGUAUUGUUUACAAAGGAACUUACAGAGGAAACGAAGUUGCUAUUAAAAAAUUGAAAGAAAUGGUUGGAAACUCGUUAUUGUCAUCUUUUGAAAAAGAAGUUACAAUGUUGGACAAAUUUAGAAGUGAGUAUAUUGUCCAUUUCUAUGGCGCCGUAUUUAUUCCAAACAAAGUAUGUAUGGUGACUGAAUUUGCACCAUUUGGGUCUUUACAAGACUUAACGAAUCAUAAACCAAGUUCAGAUGUUUGUAUUAAACUUAAAAUAAAAAUGAUGAUAGAUGCAGCAAAUGGGAUAAGUUAUUUAUACUCAAAUGGGAUAUUACACAGAGACAUCAAGCCAGACAACAUAUUAGUGUUUUCAUUGGAUUUAAAUGAUAAAGUGAAUGCUAAAUUGACUGAUUUUGGAAGUGCAAGAAAUGUGAACUUGUUGAUGACCAACAUGACGUUCACUAAAGGUGUUGGCACACCAGUGUACAUGGCACCUGAAGUGCUUUUGAAACAGAAAUACACAAAAAGUGCAGACAUAUUCUCAUUUGCAAUAACAAUGUAUGAGUGCUUCAAAUGGGAAGAAGCGUAUCCAAUCAAUGAAUUCAAGUUUCCAUGGAAAAUAGCAGAGUUUGUUAUGGAAGGAAAAAGACUGAACAGAUGUGAAGUAAUACCAGAAGGAAUUUAUCACAUUAUUCAACUUUCGUGGAAACAAAAUCCAAAAGAAAGAAUUGAUAUCAACGAGAUUAUUAACAACAUGCAACGUGUUUCUAAUACAUCAAUGUGA